AAAUCUGUGCUGACUGUCAGAUGAAUUUAAUUUAUACAUACAGAAACUAAUAUGAUUCCCAUUUAGAAACUGGGCUCUCUUAUACAUGUGUGCAAAUUCAAAGCAACUUCGAAUUGCUUUCUAAUUGGAUUCCAAGUGGAAAGAUGGCAACUGUAGCACAUGGCUGCAGCAGUCCACGGCAGCGCUCGUGCAAUGGCAGCAGCUCACCUGGCGGCCAUCACAGUUCGACACCGGCGAUGUAUACAACAAUGCCCAAAUAUACGCGCACUGCCAGUCAAACGUUGUAUGCAACCAGCCAGCAGGUCUUCCCUGGAGCUGGAGGAUCUGGCAUGGAUAGUCAGUAUAACGGUCUAUAUAUGCCAAGCGCAACGAUGUCGCAGCGCCCACUGUCGGCCUCCGCAUUGCCAGAGACAUCGGCGGGUUGUCGCAACUAUUGGAGCCAAGGACAGAGCCAAAGCCAGGGCCAAGGUCAUCCUGGCCACAGCUCCUUCUAUCACAGCAGUGGACGCCACUACAACUACAAUAAGCGCAAAUCAGCUGUGGAGCUGUUAGCUGAAUCGAAGCCCUUCUAUAUCAAAUCCGACGCGGUUUUCGAGAGACUGCAGCAAAGAGCUGGAAGUGGAGCAGGCGUUGGGGUUGGAGUUGGGUCUGGGAUCAAGCGAGGCCAUUACAGCUACGAGGAGCUGGAGGACAGACGCUAUAUGAGUCUGAGCAGGCAGCAGCAGCAGCAGGUCCAACAGCAGGUGCAGCAGCAGGUCCAACAGCAGGUGCAGCAGCAAGUGCAGCAGCAGGUGCAGCAGCAGGUGUAUAUGCACAAUCAUCAUCAUCAGCACCAUCAUCAGAGGCACAGUCAGGGCCAUCCACGGGAGCGACCUGGCGUCAACAAUAAUUUGCUGCAGCACAAGCUGCGGCUGCUGCUCGGCUCGGAGGCUGCGGCCAAGGAGCGCUCCAGCAUGCGACGCAAUGAUGGCAAUGGCGAUCUGUUGCCUGGCGAGGAGGAGAGCAGCGCAUUGAGAAUACCACCCCCUCUCUACCUACCCGCCCAUGCCUUUGGCAGGGAGUCCACAUAUGGAGCAUAUCCGAGUGAGCCGAACAGUGGCGGCGAGGAGCCGCUGGUGCUUACCGAGAACUACAGGCCGAUCAGUCCGCCGGCUGAGUAUGCGGGCAAGUCGAGUCAGGUGCACAACGAGCGUUACAGAUACAACUAUCAACGCUCAUAUUCUCACUCGCACGAGGUGCCCAGCAAUCCGGAUGAGCGCGCUCCUUACUCAGCGAACGAGUUCAACAUCAAUAGUCACAAAUCGCUGCCGGAUCUGCAUACGCAGAUCAGUCGACACUCGCCACACAGCGAGAUCUUGAGCUGCUGCAGUCGGGGCAAUCGUUCGAUCAAAUCUGCCGGGGAGUCAUCCAUUAAUCGGGAUUCGGGCGGCAGCUCUGGCCACUAUACGCAUCGCAGCGAGCCGUGCUAUAAGCGUCAGCGGGAGACUCAGUCGGGUACUGCCAGUGGCACGAUCAGGAAUUGCUGCAACCUGGUGGCGGCCACUCGCAGGGACAGCGGCUCCUCCACGCAACACAGUGCCAAUUCGUAUUGUGGCUAUGUCACAGCCGCUGGCAUUGAUUGCAGAUGCAAGCAGGAUCCAGGACCUGGCUCUGGAGCCAUUAUGCCCGGCUAUGACAAUGCAGCUGCCGAUUAUUUGCUCAAUUUUACGCCGACGCCGGAGGUGCCGGAGGCCUUUCAGGAUUCGCCAUCGCCACGACUCAAGACCCAGACGCCUCGCUAUUCGAGCUCAUCCAGCCAGCAGCUGCAGACCAGCUCGCAGGGCUACACGAGCAUCAAUCACUCGCAGAGCUCGCUGGUCCAGAGUCCCGGCUCGGCGCCCUCGGUGGAUGACAUUAGUCCGCCGCCCAUACAGUUCAAGAGGCAGCGUUGCAUUCGGUUCAAGAAUCGCAAUCGCUUGCCCGUCCAGCCGCGCACUUCGCCCAGCAGCGGCUCGGCGGGCUACAAACGGAACAUGGAGCACGAGAACGUCUUCUUUCCGAAAGGUUUCUCGGCGGACAUGGAGCGGGAGGCACUGAAUGCCAGCAUAUCGGAGCUGGAAAAGUUCUUCGAUCGUUUGGGCUUGAACGAUGAGGCAUUCCAUGAGAUCUACAGCCAGCCAAGGCGGCAUCAACAUAAUCCGGAAACCGAUUCCGAUGAUUCCAGCACUGUAUUCUUCUCGGAUGUGAGCACCGUGGACUCGAUGCGAUUGCCGGACAGCACGGAGACUCAGCCCCAAACUACGCAGCCGUAUCGACCCUCGGAGCCGCCAUCGAUUGUGGAGCGCAACGCGAGAAUUAUCAAAUGGCUCUGCAACUGCAAGAAGAUGCAGUGCGUCUGAACAGGCUCCACACGCAAUUUUGAUAUUGAUCUUUAGAAAUUGUUAAUUUUAUCUAAUGUCAAGUCACUACCAAGGCCUUCUAAACCCAGCCGAAUAGCAAGGCUCUAGGGUCGCGAACAUCCCUUAAGACUUGAGAAUUCCUAGGAAGCUAGAGUUGCGGCAGCUGAAUCCCUGCUAAUUAUUCGAUUUUGAUACGGAUAGCAACUAAGGCCGAUGCUCAAAUAGAAUGCAAGAUUUCCGAGAGUACGGAGGGUACUUGGUAUCCUUGGAAUGCCUGAAGGAUGCUCCACUUUUGAUAUUGAUCUUUAGAUAAGGAUAACUUUGUCGCUCGUCAAGUAACUACCAAAGCCUAAAACCCAUUCGAACUUCGGAGUUUAAACAUAAUGCAGUAUACCCUAGAGUCCUGGCGAUCCCUAUGAUCGUCGUACAACCGAAUCGCUGCUGAGGAUUCUCCACUUUUGAUAUUGAUCUUUAGAUAUGGUUAACUUUGUCUCUCGUCAAGUAACUACCAAAGCCUAAGCCCCAUUCGAAGUUCGCAGUUCAAAUUCAAGUUCAAAUGUAAUGGAAUAAUACCUUAGAGAUCCCUAGAUAGGGAUUAAUUAUCCAUUUGAAUGUGUGUUUAGUCACUUUUUUUGCUGCCACGUUUUGCAGGCCCCAAUUAAAUAAUUGUAUUAACUAAUCGUAUAGCUAAAUGAGA